CAUACUCAAGAAGUCCUCACGGACUUUAUAAACACGAAGAAUUACGUUUAUGGUGUCAAGUGCAUCGAGACAUUUAAUUUAUACGUUAAUAAGGAAGUGUGGUGAAAGGUAUCAUGGCGAAAAUUGAAAGCUCGAUAUCAGGUUUGGAACCUCUUCCUGGAAGAAAUGACGCAUUCCACACGCCGUAUGCGUUUCUCGAAGCAAGAAGAAAAAUAGAUGGUGCGGAAAGUUUAUGGAGGAUCGGAAAUAACAUAUAUGAUCUGGAAGCUUUUUCUAAGUAUCAUCCCGGAGGAGAAGAAUGGAUUCGUCUUACUAAAGGCACUGACAUAACAGAACUUUUCGAGUCGCACCAUUUGACUGAUACGGCCACAAAACUUCUACCCAAAUAUUUUAUAAGGAAGGCAGUUUCUUCACGGUCGGUGCCAUUAACAUUCAAACCGGAUGGAUUCUUUCAUACGUUUAAAAAACGUGCACUGGAAGCACUCAAACACGUCGAUUUUCAUCGGCCUUCGAAGAAGUCGAAUGCUAUUGCCGACUUGCUCGUUACUACUACAAUUAUUCUUAGUCUAGCUGCAGUUUUUUUGCAAUCUUAUGUAGUCAUCAUUCCCGCUGGAAUUUUUCUUGCGUGGACAGCAAUAACCGCUCAUAAUUAUUUUCAUAUGAGGGAUAAUUUUCGAAUGUAUUAUUUUGAUCUAAGUACAAUGUCGUCGAAAGAAUGGCGAAUAACGCAUGUAAUGAGUCAUCAUACUUAUCCGAAUACUCUCUGGGACUAUGAAAUGUACGUAACAGAACCUUUGUUUCAAUGGCUCCCGGACAAGAGAAAAAGUAUGAUUAAAGGUAUUAUCAGUCAACUUCUGAGCCCCCUGCUUUGGUCAGCAUUAUUCUACGGUCAAUUGAUUAAAAGAUAUUAUUCUGUAAUCUUUGAAUAUGGUAAAUUCGAAUUCCGUGAUGCAGUGCCAUUUUUACUUCCCGUGUUGAUGACUUCGUUGGCACCGAGUGUUCUCUUUGCUUUAAAGUUCUGGUUGUUGAUUAUCAUGUCAAGCAGUUUUGUAUUUUCCUUUAUUGGAUUUAAUGCCGCACAUCAUCAUCCGGACAUUUUCCACGAUGGUGAUACAAGCAGAGACGAUCUUGAUUGGGGUUUGCUGGAAUUAGACGCCGUGAGGGAACGAAAAGUGAUCGAUGACUCCGAUUUCCUUGUAUUGACUAAUUUUGGUUUACAUGGUCUCCACCAUCUAUUGCCAACAGUGGACCAUUCUUAUUUGCCUCUGUGUGUAAAUGCCUUCGAACAAACUUGUAAAGAAUUUGGAGUCUCUACAGAGAAGUGGACACAAUGGGAACUCGUAAAGGGUCAAUUUAAACAGUUACUACGUACUGAGCCGAAAAAGAAUCACAGAUGAAGCAAAGAUAGUUUGCGAUCGAUUUUCAGACAACGGGUGCUCGAGAAUUAAGACGAAUCUUGAAUGUUAGAUUAUUUGUCAUAUUGUGUAAUGAAUUCGUAUAAAAUGUGUCUCUGAUUAGUUUUUAACAUAUCUUUUCAAGUAGUAUAUGAGUAUUGAUAGCAGGAGAAACAAUAUUCAUUGUGUUAUAAUACAAUUUGUACACGUGAUAGUUUUAUUUGUUGUGUGUUUUACAACCUUUUUUUUCAUACAUUUGCAAUAGCGUAGCACACAUAUUACUAUCGCCGAUGCAAAUAUAACAUUGAGAACAUGAUUUA